AUGCCCAAGAGCGGAGCGCCAAACACGAGUGGUCAAAAUGGAUUCCCCAAAAACAUAGCGUCGAUCGUUCCCGAGUUCAAGCGCUUCUUCAGGUGGUGCUGCCUGGGUUCCCCCUUCAACACUUUCUGUAAGCUCCUCCUGGCGCAGUGGUACCUCUCGGGUAUGGGCACCAGUGUGGAUGAGGUCUUGGCCGCUGGCAUCAACCGAGUCCUCGUCGAGGAGGGCUGCGAGUGCGCCUUGGUACAGCUGGGCAACUGCUACUACUCGGGCCAAGGCGUCACCAGGAACUCCAAAGCCGCGUUCAAGCUCUACGAACGGGCCGCCAAGCUGGGCAAUGCCGAGGGCCAGUAUUCCCUCGGCUACUGCUUCCUGCACGGCACCGGCGUGUCGAGCGACCGGAUGCUUGCUCUCUCCUGGGUCAAGAAGGCAGCGGCGCAGUCACAUCCCGAUGCCAUGAUCAUGCUCCAGGAGAUGCUCAAUGACCGUCUUCUGGAGUAG